AUGAAGGAUAUGGAAUUGUUGAAGGAUUAUUUUUCUAGGGUUAUGGAACUUAUAAACCAAAUGAAAAUUUAUCGGGAUAAUAUUACUAAUCAAAGAGUUGUUGAGAAAAUUUUGAUAAGUUUACCGGAGAAAUACAAUCCCAUUGCUGCUGUCAUUGAAGAAACUAAAGAUCUUGCUGAUUUGAAUAUUGAAGAUUUGAUGGGUUCAAUUAAAACAUUUGAGCAAAGUUUGAGUAGGCAAUCUGAAAAGUCAAUUGAAAGUGCCUUUCAAUCCAAGCUCAAUGUUAGUACCUCUAAUUCCCAAGGAAGAGGAAGAGGAGGAGGAAAAAAUGCAACCGGAAGAGUAAGAAAUGCAAGAGGAAGAGGAAGGUCUAAUUUUCAAAGAAAGGAAAAUGAAGAGUCCACUCAACAAAAGUGUGGAAUUUGCAACCGAAGCAAUCAUGUUGAUAAAGAUUGUUGGUUUCGAGGAAAGCCAAAAUGUUACAAUUGCAACAAAUUUGGGCAUGUCAAGAAGGAUUGCCUAGUCAAGAGCACUCAACAAGCUAAUUUUUCUGAGGAGCAAGAAAGUGAAGGGCACAUGUUCUAUGCUUGUCACAAGGAAUCGGAUCAAAACAAGGAUGUAUGGUUUCUUGAUAGCGGAUGUAGCAAUCACAUGACAGGAGAUGAAAGCAUUUUUGUAAAAAUGGAUGCUUCCUCCAGUCCUCAAGUAAAAAUGGAGAAUGGUGCCUUAGUCUAA